AGUCAAUUGUAGUUUCCGACAUUAUGUUGAAGUAUUUAGUUCUACUUAGCACGAUCGGCUUUCUUCAAGCCUCAGAGGUCCUCGACUUGACCGAUGCUGACUUCGCCGACAAAGUAAAACAGCAUGGUAUAAUGCUUGUAAAAUUCUAUGCUCCAUGGUGCGGACAUUGUAAGAGACUUGCACCCGAAUUUGAUAAAGCAGCUUCACUCUUGUCAGCUAACGAUCCACCAGUUACUUUGGCAAAGCUUGAUUGUACCGUUGAAACAAAAACUUGUGGCAAAUACGGAGUAUCCGGAUAUCCAACCUUGAAGAUUUUCCGAUCAGAUCCUGAGAACUCUGAAGAUUAUAAUGGACCAAGAGAACAUGAUGGUAUCUUCAAAUACAUGCGCUCCAAGGCUGGACCAAGUUCAAAAAAUGUUGAAUCAGUUGACGGUAUGGAAAGUUUCUUGAAAACUCAAGAUGUUACUAUUGUUGGAUUUUUCGAUUCUAAUGAAAACGAAUUGGCCAAACAAUUCUCCAAAUUGGCCGAUGCAAUGAGCGAAGACUUCCGUUUUGGUCACUCUUUCGAAAGUAGUGUUUCUGAGAAAUACAGCUUCAGCAACAAUAUCGUUUUAUUCAGACCAAAAAGACUUCAAAGCAAAUUUGAAGAUGCCCAAGUUAAGUACGAGGGAUCUGCUACCAUACCUGCCAUGAAGGAGUGGGUUAGAGAUAAUGUCCACGGUUUGUGCGGCCACCGUACAACUGGAAACACCGAUCAAUUUAAGAACCCUCUGGUUGUUGCUUAUUAUGACGUUGACUAUGUUAAAAACACUAAAGGAACCAACUAUUGGAGAAACAGAGUUAUGAAGAUAGCUAAAGAAUUGAAUGCAGCUGGGAAGAAAGUCAACUACGCUAUCUCCAAUAGAGACGAUUUCUCUCAAGAGCUCAGCGAAUUCGGAAUUGAGGCUCCUUCCGAUAAACCAGUUGUUGCUGGAAGAAACGAUAAGGAUCAAAAAUUCAUUAUGGAAGGCGAAUUUUCCAUGGAUAGAUUGAAACAAUUUGUUGUCGAUUUGGUUGAUGAUAAAUUGACUCCUUAUUUAAAAUCUGAAGCUAUUCCAGAAACUAAUGAAGAACCAGUUAAAGUUGUUGUUGCUAAAGAAUUUGAUAAGAUUGUUAAUGAUGACUCGAAGGACGUGCUCAUCGAAUUCUAUGCCCCAUGGUGCGGACAUUGCAAGAGCCUUGCUCCCAAAUACGAUGAACUCGCCGGCAAAUUAGAAAAUGAACCUUCCAUAACUAUUGCCAAAAUGGAUGCCACAGCAAACGAUGUGCCGAAACCAUAUGAAGUGCACGGAUUCCCAACUAUCUACUUUGCCCCUAAAGGUCAAAAAGAUAGUCCACGCAAGUACGAAGGAGGAAGAGAAGUUAAAGACUUCCUUAAAUAUCUAGCUAAGGAAUCUACUGAUCCUUUAGUCGGAUAUGAUCGUAAUGGAAAGAAGUUGAAGAAGAAGACUGAACUAUAA